CCUAGUUGGGGUCUUAAACCAAGUGUUAGCGGCGGAGCAUCCAAACACACACCCUUAAACCGUAAGCACCCGUUUGCUCCAUGUCUCCUCUGUCGCAUAUCCCUCCCUCAAAACUAUGCUCCUCUCUCCCUCCUCCUCCUCCCCUCGUACCCUCCACCUCCCCCCCUCGCCGGCCCUAACCCAUCGAAUCCACCAAAAUCCCCAUCGAAACCCUAACUUCUCCCUACAAUCCCCAAAAAGCCCCCGCCUUUUCGUCUCCCGUCGGCCAUCCUGCUGCGGUUCUAAUCGACCCGGCGACGCGAAGCUCGAGGUGAUCGAUGGAAGCGCUGAUGUCGGAGGGGGUCGGAUGAGCACGGAGGUUGGAAACCCUAGCUUGCCUGUGAGGAUCGGGAUGUGCAGGAUGAGCUUGGGCGAUCAGGCCUUCCUCCUCUUGGCCUUCAUUGCUUGCACUACCUCUAUAGCAUUUGCCAGCCUGGUGAUUGCAGCUAUUCCUACUCUGUAUGCGAUGAAGAGGGCUGCAACAUCUCUUGCAAAGCUUGCAGAUACUGCACGUGAGGAGCUUCCUAGUACCAUGGCAGCAAUCAGACUUUCAGGCAUGGAAAUCAGUGAUCUUACUCUGGAAUUGAGUGACUUGAGCCAAGAAAUAGCUGAUGGUGUCAACAAGUCAGCACAGGCUGUCCAAGCAGCGGAAGCUGGAAUCAGGCAGAUUGGUGCUUUGGCUCGAAGCAAAACCAUCUCAAUGAUACAGGAAAGAGCAAACUUGCCCAACAUCUCUCUUCAGCCUGUGGUUGCUGGAGCUGCCAAGAAAACUUCAAACGCUGUUGGUCAUGCAAAGAAGACUUUCAUGAAUCUAAUUUCCCGAGGUGAUGAUUAUGGCUCUGAUAAUGCAGAGGAGGGUUUUGACAACACUGAAUGCUGAAGAAUUUAAUGUAUUUUAAACAAAGGGUUAGUUAGAGAUACACCUCUCUACUACUGAGGUUAUAGUUACUUCAACCUUCUAAACUUAGUUUAUUGGUACUUAUACCUCCUGAACUCUAGACAAUAUUAUUUCCCUAGUUUAAGUUGAGAUGUCACUUAGGAAUCAUGUGACAGAUGAAUUACCUUUUGUCCGUAGUUUAACUGAAAAAAAAAAAUUAAAGACUGGAUUGACCUUUAAAUUAGGGCGAAAAAGUAAUGCAUCCUGAGGUUAAGGGAUGCCAAUGCUAAUAAAAAAGUUUAAGAGGUAUUAACUAUCACGUCCCAAGUACAAGGGGUGAUUUUGUAACGAGUCAAUUUAUGGAUUUUGAGACUGUAGCUUUGUAAGGCAUUUUUUUAUUUGAAGUGCAUGCAUUGCUUGUAUCAUGGGAUAUUGCUCUGUAUAAUGAUGAUGAUGAUGUUGUUGUUGUUUAUGGGGAGCACAAUGAUUGUAGACAUUU